AUGACCUAUCAGAUUUGGUCCUACCUCUCGGCCGGUUCCUUCAAGGGCUAUUUCGAGCAGGUGGAUCUCCUGGUGGUCUUACUCGCCGCGGCCAUCCAUGAUAUUGGGCAUCCGGCCACCAACAAUGACUUUUUGGUGAAGACCAAGACGGAACUCGCCUUGCGCUACCACGACACGGCAGUGCUGGAGAACUUCCACUUGGCCACCGCCUUCGAGCUGAUGCGCUCCAGGAGCGUCUCGAUGUUGGACCACAACUUGCCCUCGCCACCCGUGACGUCCUUGCGGCGUCGCAUCGUGGAGAUCGUCCUGGCGACUGACAUGGCGGUCCACAAGAAGCAAGUGGACGAGAUGGUUCGCUUGGUGGAGCGGAACGUGAACCGCCAGGAGAUUGACAAACGAACGCUGGAGCAGUAUAUUGUCCACACAGCGGAUGUGGGACAUCCCUUUCGGCCUGUGCCACAACACCACGAAUGGGCCAGACGAGUGAAUGAGGAGUUCCUGGCGCAAGGUGAUCGCGAGAAGGAACUGGGUUUCACCCCGAUCGAGAUGUUUGAUCGAGACAAGGCACCGCCUCUGCCAAAGAAUCAGCUGGGCUUUUUGCAAUUCGUAAUCCAACCGCUAUGGAAGCCUAUGGAGGCAUUGCUGGAUAGCAAGGCGCGCCCUGCCAGCCUCUUCCUCCAUCGGAACAUCAAGGCCCUGGCGACGUGCGGCGCGCGGCGUGGUGAGAUUCAUGGUGAGACAGACAGACCAUCGCCUGUUGUCAGACGGUUAGGAGCUCCGUUGUACCCCCAAACAAGGUGUUACUGUAACGUGUUUCUUGAUCGUGCAACCAUGUAUCUCAAUUGUUUAUAUGACAUCUUUUUGUUGACCAUCUCCUGGAGUAUUCUUGAAAUAUGGGAGCCGGUCUUGAUUUGA